AUGUAUGAACUUAAAAGUGUAACAAGUCAUACGGAGGAAUUCGAUUGCAACUCAACCACAGAAUCGAGAAUAAUGGAUUUGGAAGAAGGGAAUAUUUCGAAAAAUGAAUUUAACUCUACAAAAAAAAAAAAAAUGGAAGCUUGUAAUUUUUUCGCCGAUAGCGAAAGUUCAUUUCUUGGAAAAGGAAAAAUGAAGCAGACCAAAGAUACCCGAGAAAAUGAAAAUAAGACAAUAAAAAUUACAGAUAUUUUCAAGUGCCCAUUGGAAUUCCACACGAAUUUCAUUAGUAUGAUUUUAUUUAUAAUAGGGAGUGCUUUUUUCCUUUACCCAAAGUUGUAUGUAGCUGGAUGUAUAAUUUUUUGCUUAGCAUGUGUAAUGUGUGUGUAUAGUAACCUAAUUGGUGCAAUUAACAUUGGAAGAGAAAAGAAAAGGGAAUACUGUGGAUAUGUAUGUUACAUAAUCGGUUGUAUAGUUUUUAUAAUUGGUUCGAUUUACUGUUGUUUUAAGGACGAUUAUUUUUCAGUUAUGACAUUCAUAAUUGGGAGUAUUUUUUUUCUUAUUGGAGCCAUACUUUUUAUAAUUACUUUAGAUUUUUACAAGAUAAAAAGUGUGGAUUAUAAAGUUUUAAUUGUUUAUAUUUCUAAUUUAAUUGGAGGACUUUUAUUUACCAUUGCUAGUAUCCUUUUUUUUUAUCCCACUUUUUAUAAUCAAGCAUGUUAUAUGUAUAUCGUGGGAAGUUCGAUCUUUACAUUGGCAACUUGGUUUGAUUAUAUUAUUUAUAUAAAUGGUACUGAUUAA